UCCAUCGGCCAGGAGAUACGUCGAAAAGGUCCACACAGCCGCUCGAAUGCUGACAGGUCUCCACAGAAUGAUGGUGGUGGUGGUGGCGGUGGGUUUGGUGCUACAGAUUUUUUUUUCCGGCUGUCGGGGUCAGGCCGCUAGCUCCUUCGCAAUCACCGGUGACGGCCUCAAGAACAUCUCCAUGGCCUGCAGUGCUACCAGGUUCGACAAGCUCUGCAAGCACUACUUUCUUUUGUUACCCGAUGUGGUGGUGGCGGCCCGGGAGCCGGCCGAGUUCGUCAAGUAUUCGAUAACGCUGGCGUCUCAGCAAGUGAACUCGAGCCUUUUGGACGUGGACGGUAUGGGCUACAGCACCUCUCGCAAGCAGCUGAUACUGGAAGACAUCCGAGAGCUCCUGGGAAGCUCCAUGAACGUUUUGAUGCUUUCGCUCGGAAGGGAACUUCGAGGCAACAACAGCUUCGCCGACGUCCGGCAUUGGCUCAGUGCUGCGCUCACGUACAACAACGACUGCUACGACUAUCUGUCCAGGUUUAGCGACACCGUUUCCAGCCGCAUCCGGUACUUGAGCAUUCCACUCAUCACCAACGCACUCUGGGCACUCGACGCCUUCGAGACCAACAGGGACGAUUUCUCGGCCUGGAGGCGUACUCCAGUGGUAGCCAGGAGCCUGAAAGAAAUGGAGAGAGAGAGGCGCGAUGGAAACAAGCUCAUACAGCUCGAGGCAACGGUGGCGAAGGCCGUGGUUUCUCACGACCCCGACUAUGGAAGCCACACGUCUAUCCAAGCCGCAGUGGACGACGCACCCGACCACCUUAACCGCAGGUACACCAUCUACAUCACCGCAGGCGUCUACGACGAGAUCGUCCGCAUUCCCAGCACCAAAACCAUGAUCGCGUUCGUCGGCGACGGCAUCAACAAGACCGUGAUCACCGGAAACCUGAGCACCGUGAUGGGCAUCUCGACGUAUCGAACCGCAACUGUAGCCGUGAGUGGCAAUGGCUUCCUGAUGCGCGAUAUCACCGUCGUCAACACCGCCGGGCCAGGCGGCCAGGCAGUGGCGAUGCGAGUGGACAGCGACAUGGCCGCCAUCCAUCGCUGCUCCUUCUGGGGGUUCCAGGACACGCUCUACACGCACGCGUACCGCCAGUUCUACAGGGACUGCUCCAUCUACGGCACCAUCGACUUCAUCUUCGGCAACGCCGCCAGCGUCUUCCAGAACUGCAACAUCCAGAUCCGCCCCGGCGCCGCCAACCACACCAUGAGCACCAUCACCGCGCACGGCCGCACGGACCCGGCACAGGACACGGCCUUUGUGUGCCAGAGCUGCUGGAUCUCGGGCACCCCGGAGUACCUCGAGGCCCGCCUGGCGGAGCCCGGCAAGCACCAGGGAUUCCUGGGCCGCCCCUGGAAGCCUUACGCUCGCGCCAUCUUCAUCGAGUCCUACCUGGACGUGGUGAUCGAUCCCAGCGGCUGGCUGCCGUGGAACGGGACGCUGGGGCUGGACACGGUGGUGCUGGCCGAGUUCCACAACUAUGGCCCCGGCGCCAGCCCGAUUGGGAGAGUCGGCUGGUCCAAGCAGCUCAACACCAUAGCUGCGCUCGAGUAUAGCGUGAGGGGCUUGAUCCAGGGCGGCUAUUGGCUCCCUUUCACCGGGGUUCCCUACAGACUAGUCUUCUAAACUGUUAAUCCCGCGGGAAAACAAAGCUGAGAAUAUUCGAAUUUCAAAUAAUAUGCGUUGUUUGCCA